AAAUACACAUGAAAGUCUUGUCCUUUUCAUCUCUGCUAACAGCAUUUUUUGGUAUAAGUUAGAUUUUUGCCUAAAACUUCAGCUCAAAAUCCAGCCUCUGGAAGCUACUUGAGUAAGAACAUUCCUCAGCUCCAUCAGGUCCCGUGGCAUCCUGAGACUAACCAGCUACAGGCUGUGCAGCUUGCCUUUAAUCUAUAUUCCCUAUGCUCUUAAUUAUUCUCCCAUCACAAAAAAAAACCCAACUUGCACACUGGCUCAUCAUCACUCCCAGCAGUGCAAGACAUGCCAAAAUCUUGGCAUUUAAGGAGAUCCCAACCUGGAAGGGAAAAGAAGGCAUGAGAUAGCACCUUUUAUAUUCUAAAAUUCCAAGAUGUCUCUUUUGAAAUUCUGAAUUCAAACUUUAGCACCUCUGUAUGGAUUUCAAGCACGUACAUACAGCUGAAUCAAUACAUACAGGGAGCCUGGGCCAUGCUCAGAUCCAUUCAGCUUCAACCUUCAGAGCACUUGACAGCAAACUCCUUUCCUGUUCUCCACUUUGCAGAACAAUAAAUAGGCUGGUAUCAUUUCCUUUGCCUCUGCCCCUUCAAAUAACAGACUUGUACUAUUUUGGAAAUUUGUGUAAUUUACUCAGCAUGCUCAUUUGCCACUCUUCCAAUGAGGGGAGAACUGUAAUUGGAAUAGACACUCUGAAGUGUCAAAAAGCACUAAAAAAUAAUGCAGCAGUUCAGAGUACGUCUCCAGUGAUGCACUGGAAGAGAAGCAGACAAUGCCAAGCAGUCAUUGGAAAAUAACAUGUAUGAAUCCAUUUACACAGUUUGGCAUUCAGACUCUGUAUUAAAUAGCAUCACCAGUUAUUUUUCUGUUUCCAUUUCCUGCAUCAUCUUCAUCAAACACUACUGUUAAUAGGUUAGUCAAAGCUUCAUCUCCCAUUCAAGGCCCCAAGCACUGCUACACACCUCAAGCUUGCCUCUAAAGCCUUACACUGCAAAGAAGUGAGAAAGUUCAGAUGGCAGGGUACUGUCAGAUCACAUACAUUUCAGUGCAAGAAUAAAGCACAAAAUAAGAAGCGCUAAGCUCUCUUCUAGUCCCAUCUGAAGGCCACAUGAUUUCCUGUAUCAAAGCAGAAGUGUCACCAAAAGGUCACUAUUCAAGUAUUACUUGUAGGACAGGAGGUACAACAUGCUGCAGACAUGUGGCAAGGACAAGUGAGGGCUACCAAGAGGCCAAGAAAUACUCACCUUACCUUCAGAACUGGUCAGCUUGACCACCAGGGAAGCAAAGUGGGCAAAAAAUUUGCUUCAGCUGUACUGUUUUAAAGAGAAGGCCAACAAUUCUUCAUUCCCACUGCAGCUUUGCUUUCUGCCAUCACACCCAGUCCACUACAAGAGGUUUCAGGAGCCUGCCCUGCCCCACCCCCUUCCCCCCGUUCUGGGUUGGAUUUAUACUGCAAUAAGCUGAGAUUCAAACACGUUACACUUACCCCAAAAGAGUAAGCCUAUGCUCCAGUCUGUGGGUUUCCAGUAUAUGGAGUUUUAACCACCAAACCUGAGUAUCUAAGAAGCCUUUAUAAAAUGUACUGGGCCACUACCAAACCCACCCCCCCCCGACACUCCAAAAGGCUAUUUAGUACAAAAAUUGGAAACUGCAAUUUGCAUUACACAUCCUGCUAGGCAGGAACCACCCCUAAAUUAAAUACAGUGGGACUUCAGCCCUGACAGUACAAGGUGUUUCCCUAUAACCGCACUGAUUAAACAGCUUGCAGGCACCAGACCUCCAAGUCCUUUUCAGCAGACGUCACACUACACAACAUAAAGCAGCAGGCAAUUGGCCAAAAAUGGUUAGCAAAAAGGAUUCCUUAAACCUCCAGCAUCCAAAUAUAGCCCUGGCUGGUCACAUGGGCUGCCAUACAGUAAGUGCUCCUCACUUUACCUACCCUUUGAUUAAACGUUUUGAGCUAAAAAGCAUGUACUUAGUACAGCAUUUCAGUUUCCAGCCCAAUUCCAUGAACCGUAUAAUCUUGCUGUACCUUCCACAUUCAGACUGGCAGAAAGGAAAGGUUGAUUCAGGUUUCUAGUGAGCCCAAGGGGGAUGGCUAGCUAGAAGAAGCUAACAGAAUAUGAGACCUCUAACAUAGAUGCACAUACACACAUAUUUAUGUGUGCGUAUAUAUAUAUAAAUAUUUUUUAAAAGCAACAUAUCUGCCAUACAAUGCAGCUGCUGUAAAAUACUUCAUUAUUAACAUACUCUACGGCACAUACUGAUCUAAAUAGUCACACCUUACUCCAUCUGGCCUCUAGCAUGUGUUUUUUCAUAUUACUCUCAUUAUGAUGAAAGCAGACCAGCUGAUUACAUCUACCUCACAAGAACUCCAUAGCUUAGUUUACACAUAAAGAAACUCUGCAAACUUUCUGAAGAAAGGCAGGCCAGCUACUGUACUGUUGCCAGGUGUCAACUUGAACUGAAGAAAGUUGAGCUUGGCCCUUUUUUUCUCAGCCCUUAAAGCCACUGUCCAAGUUAAGUAUUGUGCAGGUGUCAAAUAAGUUUACAUUAUAAAGCCUUGCAACUGCACUAAUAAAUACAUCUGCCACUUUUCCUUCCAAAGCCUUUCCCCACUAUCAGUGAGGGUGAAGCCUUGCAGUACUCACUCACAACAAACCUUGUGAUCUUUGAAUACGCAGGGGCUUGAAGUUGUAGCUAUUUCUCAACUGCAGCUGGAAGUCAGAGGUUCCUAAAGAGAAACACAGCCCAGUACCAGAGGCAAGGCCUAAACCCUGAAUUAGCACACUUACUGCAUUGUGUCACAGCAGGGCUUGGUGGCACAGAUUUUUGCUAGAAGCAUGGAGACUUUUACCACGCUAAAGCUCCCAGUUAAGCUCUCAGAUUCUGUGACAGACUCAGAAGAAAGCACAGCGAGGCACAGCAUCGAGCACGCUCACAUACCCACCACCACCGGCUCAGCUGCACCGAGCACCAGUUAGUUUCACAUUUAUGCCGGCAGCCAGGCCGGCCUGACUGCACUGAAAUAACCCUCAGUACCCAGAUGUUGCGCUAUUUUUACCCUGGAAAAGAAAGAAAGGACACCCAACAAAACUUCAGGGCGGGAGGCCACGACAGCACAGACUUUAUUCCGAGGCUGCAGCGCAGGUUUCGGCGCUCGGCAGCGCCCGGGCUCGCCAUCCCCGCAGUGACGUGUCCACCUGAGGCUCCGGGGCCGCCGCCGCCGCCGGAGACAAAGUUCUGUAGUGCACUGACUGCUAUCGUACCCAGAGUCGGAGUGUCACAGAACUUUGCUUCCGGAGGCUCCAGUCCUCCGCCGGUACCGGCGCCGGGGCCGCCCGCCAGCACAAGUUUCCCUGCCUGGGAAGGGAAGGCGCACACGGUUAGAGGUGGGGAAGGGAGCCCCCUCCUCCUCCGCGGCUCGGCGGGAGACCCGCUGCCCGAGGAAGAGGGAGAAGGAGGCGAAGACAUUUUUUUUCUUUUUUUUUUUUUUAAUAAAUACCCAAAAUGCAUCCCCCCCGCACACACCUCCCCCAACCCGGAGCUAACGGGCCGCCCUGCGAAAGCCGCGGCCGAGCGGCUGCCCGGAGCGCUGCCGCUGCAGCCAGCUGAGCUGCGGCUCGCCGCUGACAGCCCCGGCGCCGCGGCCCUGCGGGACCCCGGGCGGCGCCGGGCAUCCCCCCGCGGCAUGAGAAUCCUAUGGGGAAUGGCAAUCCAGGCCAAGGGAAUCCUCCCCAGUGUCCGAGGGCUGGAGUUAAAAAUCAAACACAGUAGCCUUGACUACACAGCUCCACAUCUGGAAGCACUGGAAUGUGAUCUCAGAGGAGGGGCCUUCCUGGCUUGUCGGGAGCUCCAGGUGACGCUACCUCCCAGCUCCCCUGCAGGAGGAGGAAUGGCUCUCCGCUAA